AUGGUCUCCUACUGCCCGGUAGUUGGAGCAGGAAAGACCAAAGUGAUCAACAACGUGCAUCGCGUGGUUCGGCGUUGGCCCCAGACCCCCCUUUCGUUUCUUGGGAGACGGUGUCGUGGGGCGGGUACAAGUCAUGUUCGUAGACUGGCAGACACGGCCUCUGACGAAGAGGGCGCUCAAGCAGAAAUUGCGCAGCUCUCUGAACGCAUCAAAACGCUUUCUGAGGAAUUGAAUAAAGAACGCACUAGCUUUCGUACUUUCGUGAUGCUGUGGGGUUCGCUUCAGGGCUACAAGGCAGACGCCAGCCGGAAGCGGCUCAAAAAUCCUCCACACGACGACAUCCUGGUGGCUCACUACGCAAGGGCUGCCGCCUCCAAACUGACGCAGGCGAACCUCUGGGCUGGCUGCCUAGAGAGGCUGGCAGACAAGAUCGCCGACCUACAGUCUGACCUCGAUCGCCGAACUUCGGGACGGGGAGCUGCCCACAGAAAACGUUACAGGCGCAGCUUCAAGGCGAAAACGCACGCAGGGAGUUCAGGAGACGAGAGGCGACCAAGCAGGGGAGACACGGAUGCAGGUCCGAGCACGCCCUCCACGUCAUCUGCCGCAGGCACAGGUAUGUUGUCGCCGACUCCACUUGAUGUAGUGAAGGAGCAGCUCGUCACAGCAGCCAGAGAGAGCAGGAUGUGCACCAGCCUGCUAUACUACGCGCGGCGCAGGUUGGCCCGGCUCCGACAGGGGACUGGGACAGAAGCCAAAAUAACCCGAGCCACAGAAGCGUACAACAGGACUUUGGCUCGGUGCCACCACCAACAAGAACUUGUAAAGAGGCUCCGCAAAAAGCUACGAGCCCUAAGGAAGGAAGCGAAGCGUAAUUUAACCUCAACGGAGCCGUCCACUUGCGCCAGUCAGCGAGGUUGGUCCGCCGCUCUCAUGCGCCUUCAGCGUUAUGACAUAACGCCCCGCCCCGAGGAUGAAAACAUCCCCUGGCACAAGCGCCCGUCAUUCCGGCAACUGAGCCAGUACUACAGCCCCCUUGCGCCUGUACUGCUGAAGGAUAUAGCCGACCCUCCAGCUUCUCGCGGUGGGGUGGCCGUCAUGGAAGCCCUAAUCCCUGAACCGUUUCCCCGGUCCACUCAAGAACAUGGAUCGCCUGACUGGGAGGCCGCGACCGAACCCAGCCUCGACCAUGCCAGCAGCCCGUCAGAACAGGAUCCUCUGGAGGGAACCAGUGGAUCCGGAAAACUGUUAAGCAAGGCGCAACGGCCGCGUUUGCAACUGGAGCAGCCGCAAUCCGCAUCAUCUUCCACAUCCUCAGUCGCCCAGCAUCCGUCGUUGCCGUCGCCUGGCAGCGCAGUUGGCAACAGCCCCCUCGCAGACAACCCGGCAUCCGGAGACGCGCCUACUGCCUUUGGUCCUCCACCAACGCCCUAUUCGUCCGACCUUCCGUUGUCUUCAUACGGCGCCCACCUGGCUGCCGAGGGUCCAGCAGGUUUUCCGGACCCCUGGGCAGCCUCAUCUGCUUCAUCGUCGCCUCACCUGCCACUGUCCGUGUCUCCUCUACUAUCACCGAGUGCCGAAGCAGUACUUCUGUCUGAGUUGAGGGCGGAGCCCUUCCUUCCUGGCGAUGAUGCCUGGCCACGGGCCCCCAGUCCCCGAUACAGCUCAUAUGCAACGGGGGAAGAUCGCGACACCUCAUCUGAUCCAGAAGGUGAGUUUGCAGCUGGCGCGCCUUCACUGGAGUUUGUGGGCGGACUGCUUGCAUCUGCAUCGCCAUCGCCGGGGAUGCCGCCGACGCGUAGGGACCAGUCUCCCUCAGGCGCAGGCAGCGCAGGCGGAGACCGGAUUGCGAAACAGAUGACUUCAGAUUCGGACGUAGCAAGACGCAAGAGUGUGAGUUCUUCCCAGAGCCUGCUGCCAGAGUCUACAGCAUCUCGGUCUCUCAUGAGUUCCGGCGCUCACGUAGAACUGCGAGGCACCGCCGGUCCUGACGCAAGAGCGACCCCGUCGCCCAGCGUGACCCUGGAGGACCCUACAAUGAAGGCGACCGCUCAACAUCCCUUGACAGCAAGGCAGGCCCAGGCGCAAGCUUCAGCCGCAUCAGGAUGCACUAGCGUCGAGGUCGUCGCGCACAAGGCAGGCAAAAAGUCCGCAAAAAAGAAGUCACUAGAAGCCGAGGUUCGUGAUCGGGGCGAGGUGGGAGCGAUCGAUGGCAGCAGACUGCUACACGAUGCACAACCCCUGGGUCACCUGGGCCCUGGCGCGGGGGCUUCACAGGCACCUCAAGCAUCUCUGUUCGGCCAGGCUGCCCGCUCGUACGCAGGGGUGCCGCACGGCGGUGGGGACUCUCCCACAGGUCACGCAUUUCAGUCGGACCUGCAGUUGUGGCUACAAGGCAGGAGAAUACCGUUCAAGCAACGCGAGUCUGUGGGAUCCGGGGCAAGGGCCGAUCGUGACGAAUCAGGCCAGGCCGGGUCCAGUGGUCCCUCCAGGUCACCGUCGACGCGAGGGAACAUGUCCCCUCACUAUCCGGAGGCGACGCGCAAGACCCAGCGGUAG